AUGGAGAACGAACAAUAUAAAAUCAACAAACUCAUAGAUGCAUCAAAUUGGGACAUGUGGAAAUUUCAAAUUAAGGUUAUCCUGAAUGCAGCUGAAAUAUUUGAUGUAGUAACAGGAAAAUCAAAGACACAAAUUUUAGCAAAAAUCGGUAAUGAAACUGAAGAUGAAGCGAGAAAAAGGCAUAGAUUUUUAAAUAUGGAAAAUGUCAGAUAA